CCCCAAAAUCUCCCCAUCAUUCUCAUGAAAAACAAACCAUGCUCUCUGAAGUCUGCAAAUUGUGUAUCAUAUUCUUAUUUCCAAUUCUCGUGGCUUCGGCUUCAAAAUGGGAUUUAAAAAUGUCUUUAAGGGACCUGAUUUCAGGACAUUGUCACGUGGUUACUCCAAGAGUUUGCCGUAAAUACACCGGAUUUGGUUCUGAUUUUACUUGUGGGUUCAUUCUGAGACAUGUAUGCACCAACAAAUACACGGGAAAGCAGUCGUUGAAAAUGCUGUCAGAGACAGACGGAAAUGUGCACAUAACUCCACUGCCCAGAGGAUUAUCAUUCUAUGACGUGAACGAAGACGGACUUAUUUCGCUCAAUGAAUUUGCGAGAACUCUAGGACACAAACCACGUGAUCUCCACGUCAAAGUUGCAUUCCGCGCUGCCGACAAAAAUGGUGAUGGUGUUGUGAGUCUAUCCGAAUUCAAAACUACUGAUGCCUGGGUAUUUGAGACGAACCACAUAGGAGGCAACCACUACCCAAAAGACAAUAAUCGCACAGGAGUUAAAAUUGGCCACCCUAAAUUUCAAAGCAGAGUGCAUCCAAACCCCGCCAUUCUGGGGGCAUAUGCUAAUUCCGAUGAAGAUGAUAUAUCCCAAGAACAAAUGGACUCUUUCGAAAACAGCCAGUCUACAGAAUUCAUUGAUAACUACGACGAUGAUCAAUAUGAAGAUAGCAACGAAAUACAUGACGAAGUAGAUGAUUCUCGAGAAGAGAAUGUUCAGUCACAAAAAUCACACAUAGUACCCCCUAAACCUUCAGUGGAUAUUUCGGAAGAGAUGGACGACUCGCGUGAAGUUGAAGAGAAUUCGCAUGAAGUGGAAACUGUCUCACAUGAAGAGUCCAACUCCCAUGAAAUGGAACACACUUCGGAUGAAACAUUCGAUGCAUCUGAGCAAUUUGAGGAUGAUUCAUACGAAUCAGAAGACUCUGAAGGGGAUGAAUAUGAGGAAUACGACGAUUCUACAGAACAGGAGCAUGACCAUGGAUCUGUUCAUGAAGAGGAUCUUUCUAUCUCCCAGGAGCACAGUGGAAUCUACAAAGACUCGAUGGAAGUCGAGGAUUCACGGGAGGUGUAGAAAAGACAAUCCAGAAGAGGAUGGGAGCGAUGAGAGGAGCGAUGAGAGGAAUACACAUGUGUUGUGAUAGUGACAUUAUCGGAACUAUGUGAAUUCAUUGUUAAGUUUUUGUUAAAAAAGAUUUAUGAAAGCUAAUAAAACAGCGGGGAAAAAACCAACCACAUUUU